AUGUCGUUGAGAAAUCAUCUUACGGAACGACUCUUUCGUUUAUUCGAUAAAACCAAACGAAGAAACAAACCCUCCUGUUUGAACGAAGAGAAAAGGGAGAAGAAACUCCACCUAGUGCUUGACUUGGAUCACACUCUUCUCCACAGUAUCCAUGUCUCACAGCUUUCUCAGAAGGAACGGUAUCUAAUCGAAGAAACUGAUUCAAGGGUUGAUCUAGGGAGGUUCGAAAAAGGCAAUCCCAACGAGCAUCUCAUAAAGUUACGACCUUUCCUUGAAGACUUUCUGCAAGAAGCCAAUAAGCUUUUCUGCAUGUACGUUUACACGAUGGGCACUUACCGUUACGCGAAGAGUGUAUUGAGUUUCAUUGAUCCGGAUAAAAUCUAUUUCGGAGAUAGAGUCAUAACAAGAGAAAAAAGCCCUUGUACGAAGACACUUGAUCUUCUUUCUGCGGAUAAACGUAGAGUGGUCAUUGUUGAUGAUACAAGUACUGUUUGGCCGAAACACAAGAGAAACGUGUUGAAGAUCUCAAAGUACAUUUAUUUCAGAGAGGGUAUGAAGUGGGAAUCUUACGCUGAGAAGAAGAGAGAUGAGAGUCGAAGCAAAGGAGCAUUGUCUAACGUUCUGAAACUCCUUCAAAAAGCUCACAGAAGAUUCGAGGAAUUAGAUUCUAAUGACUUGAGGCUCUUGAUACGUGAUUCUUGUAGACAGUGUUGCUUUUGA